CCACACCCACAAACACACCCUGAAAAGAAAAAUAGAAGUGUCUAAAUAAUUUUUUUGCCUAGAAAAUCACGUGGUUUUUGAAAAACCUGUAAUAGUUCAUGAAGAACUUUUGAUAAAAAAUUUCUUUUUGUUGAGAAAUAAACUAGAGAUUUCAGGCUAUCUAAUGAUGUGAUCAGAGUUAAUAAAAUGUUUUGUCUUCAUGGUGAAAAUUGCUUUACAAAGAAUAUAUAACGAAGUGUUCAAAUAAUUUUUUUACAUACUGUAUAUGUAUAACGUUUUAUUAUUGAUUAUCUGAUAAACUGGAAUGAAAAUCUAAUAAGAAUCUUUUCUAUUUAAUUUCCUUCUGAAAAUAUUUUACUUCGAAUAUAAGAAUAAUAAUAACUGAAAAAUAUAAAGAAAACUAUUUGGUAUGAUAUCACAAGAAGAAAAAGAAAAUAGAAAUUGUGUUCAUCCAUUUGUUGUUCAUCAAUGGAACUGACGAAUAAGAACGAUAAUAUCAUUUCAAAGUGCCAAUUGUUGACAAAGAGAACAAUAACCACAUUGUGCUAUUGUUUACGAAGUUAUUAAAUAAGAAUGAUACACAGCAUUCAAUCGUAUGAUAUUUAAAAAAGAAAUAUGAUAACAAAAUUGGAUGAUCUCUCUGUCGAAUUAUUCUAUGAGAUAUUUAUUUAUUUCCAGUUCCAUGAAAUAUUCAAUAUUUUUUCUAAUCUCAAUCCUCGUUUUACUGCUAUCGUUAGCAAUAUACCAUUUAUUCGCACUAACUUAGGUUUGAAUGGUAUGAGUAUCGCUGUCACCGAAAUUUAUUACGCACAUUUAUUACAACCAAAUGUAUGUGAUCGGCUUAUUUCAUUGUGUGUCUCACAUACAUUAGCUAUUGAUAAUGGUUUAUGGUUAGCAUCUAAUUUAUCUGCAUUUAUCAAUCUUCGUCAUUUAUCUUUAAUCGAUAUUAAACGUUCUUGUUUUGAAUUAAUGCUCAAUACAUCUACACCUAACACAUCUCUCGUCAUAUUUAACGUACAUUAUACAGAAUACUAUCAAGCUGCAUAUACAUUUAAAGGUGUACCUGAGGGUGCAUAUUAUAAAAGAAUCUUUCGUUUAUUUCCUUUAUUACAUAUUGAAACAAAUCAUUUACACUUACAAUCACUUGUACUUCGAGAAUGUUCACCAACUUUUCUCUCACAUUUACUUGAAUAUUAUCCACAAUUGGAAGAACUCAGCUUUGAUCUAAGUACUCCUUGGCUACCUGAUGAACAUCCAUUAUUGUAUAAUUAUAACAAUCAAAUGUUUCGUAUUGAUAAACGUUUGGUUCCUAAUCUACGUUGUCUUAAAAUAACAUUAAAAUAUGAUAUUAAUGCUAUGGAGCUGCUUGAUAAAUUAUUUGAUCAUGAUGUUUUAUUUUCAUUGACAAAAUUCACAUUAGAAGGGAUAGUGACUGGACCGAAUGUUGUUUCCAAGUUAUUAUCAAUGCUUUGUCAUCAGUGUUCAUAUACAUAUAUUGUUCAAUGGUUUGUCAAAACUACGAUAUCAUUAUCGAACGCAAGUAGUAUUUUGUUAAAUGCAUUGCAACAAUUGAAAGGACGAAUACUAAUCGAAUUAGAAUUAUUUUUAUAUAAUGAUAGUUAUUCUAUUAAAGCUUUCACAUUACCACGAAAGGACAAAUAUUUAUGUGCUUAUACCUAUUUAAAUAAAAACAUUGUUCACGUACAAAGUCAUUGGUCAUGUACUUUAUCAACAGCUUUAAAUAAUCGUUUGACGUCUAUCAAUACAAUAGCAUUGAAUGCAUUUCUAUUUACUCAAGCAGAUUUAUAUGAACUUCAUCAACCACCAUUAUGUUUAAUUGAUACUGAUACAGAAUUAUAUAUAUGGCAAGGAUGGAAUGAUUUAUCUGAUGAUGAACUUGAUUUACAACUUUAUAAUGCAAAUAUACAAGCUGGUAGUCCAAGAGAUAUACGUUUUACAGCUAAACGUCGUUGUGCUUUUCUUACAGCUGUUGAAUAUUGUAAAGCAAAAACUGGUUCAGCAACUGUUGAUUUACGUUGUUCUAUAGUAUAUGCUGUUCGACAACAAAAUCAACUGGAAGGAAAAAAAUUAGAUCAAAAAGAUUCAGUUAUUGAUAUGCUUAUACAUUUAUGUCCUGAACAGUAUACUAUUGAAGAACUUCGAGCUCGUCCAUUACCAGGAGGUGUGAAUACAUCAAAAAUAGAAUUUUAUCUAUCGGAUGAUGAUUUUCAAAAAGAAUUUCGUAUGACUAAAGAUGAAUUUUAUGCUUUACCAUAUUGGAAACAAACAAAUAUUAAAAAGUCACUUGGUUUUUUCUAA